AAAACUACAACGACUAAAGUUCAUAGGCUCUUGCUGCGUUUUGUCGAUUUUUUCGUGUAGAGAAUUACUGGUUGCAAUUAAUUGGUGAUAAGCAAUGAUUGAAUUUGGGUAUAAUCCCCGAGAGCUUGAUGAGCAUGUAUGGCGGCUUGAUAGGUUUUAUUGUAAGAAGUUUCUACAGUGUCUGUUGCUCCUGGUUUUUGUUCUCUGGUUGCUUUACCAGAUUGAUUAUAUCCUUCGACUCAAAAAAGCUUACGCUUAUAACCAUCGCAUAAAAGAUAUUGAUUUUCAAAACCAACAAAUUGAGAAACUUUUGGGUCGAAAAGGGGGUAUUGUGUUGUAUCAAACGGGUUUUUCUCGAGCAGCCAAAGGGAUGACCAAAAAUGAAGCAGAAGUCAUUAAAGAGAAUGAAAAUAGUGAAGAAGAUGAUGCAUUUCUUAAAGAUUCUGAAUCUUGGAUAAGAUAUGGAGAAUUCUCAACAAGAGAAAAUGUGAAGGGAAAUGAAGAUUCAAUAAUGAAAGUUGGUCCAUUGAUCUUGAAAAAUGGUGAACAGAAAUUGGAAGUUUCUAAACAUGAAUCUGGACCUUCUAGAAGAACUGAUAUCCAGGUUCAGAGUUUUCUCGAUGUGAAUGAAUCAAGAUCAGGAAUGCCCAGCAAGGAAAUGGUAGGUGUUGAAGAGAUAGAAGAUGUGACGGUAGCAGUUGAUUCUGGACAAGCAGCUAUGAGGGACCUCCUUCAGAAUGAUUCUUGAAUUAGAUUUAGUGACUGUUAGUAGUCCAUUUACCAAAUUUUAUGUCUUGAAUCAUUCUGAUUUAACUGUGAUAAGUAUGUAAUUGGAGAUUACUAAUCAUCAUACUAUUUUCUAAAACAAUAAGAGAAUCUGCCACUUGGCACUACUACAAACAAAUUUUUUUCCCGGUCUAAUCCCUCAAACCCUAAAUAACAAUCUAAUCACCAUUUUCGCUGACCAACUUGUCCUAUUAAGCGGCAACUUGUGCCUUAGUCACUGACCAACACAAUGCACUCCAAAAGAAUCUCCACUUUUCGCUGUGGAACAAACGAUGAUAACUCAUCGCUUAGCUGCUUUCACCAUUUGCUUGAGCGACGAUCGCGGCUUAAGAAGACUGGUCUAGGCUUGUUUGGACUUGCUUAGCUUGGUUCAUCUUCAUUUGCUAUGGGUUUUGGGUCAUUUCUCCGGGCCUUCACCCUUGUGUAUUUUCAUAGCCCUAUCAUUUGCCAUAAUAUUUCCCAAUUCACCUCAAAAUUACAACAAAAUGAUAAAAUUGCAUCAUUAGGUGAAUUAUUACAAAUGUACCACAAAAUUAAGCAAAAUGAAUGUAAACUUCACCAAAAUGGAGCAUAAUUGUACAUGGUACACUAAAAAAACUAAUUAGAGAAUAAAGACCAAACAUGUCCUCCCACCAUCUCAUUAAAAUUGUAAUGUUUCCUCUCAAAAGUUCUCAUAUAAAUUUGCGUAAUGUUACAAUCUCAAUGACACAUAAAAGUACAAAAAAAAUGUUCUUGUGUUUAUAUCAGAAUGAGUCUACUUUGCCUUGACUUUUGAAGGGCUAUAAUAUAAAUUGACAGUGUAGAUCACCUCCUAUUUGUCAUCUUGUCUUUUGGCUAAUAAACAAAAAUUACGGCACAAUUAUCUCUUGCAUUUUAGUUCAACCACUCAUUCAACACAACUGUGGUGACGUUCUCUUAGCUUCACACAAAUUUUGUAAUAACGUGGGUCACGUGUAAUUAACCUCACAAUGUCUUCUCAAAUGAAAAACUCAUGGAAGAAUUGCUUAUUACAUAACAAAGGCUUUUAUAUAUUGGUCUCUCAAGGUUUAUUUUAUCAGUACAAAAUAAAUUUCAAUUAAGCCUUCAUUUUGAGCGCAGUAUGGCAAAAUGGCAUGGGAAGGCAUGUGUAGAGAUAACUGAUGCAAAGGCUGAAGAUGUCUGGCCUUUCUUAGCAGACUUCUGUAGCCUUAACAAGUGGUUUCCGACUCUUGAAUCGUGCAUCAGGGUGGAGGGCGUUAAUGGCGAGCCUGGAUGUGUUCGCUAUUGUGCUGGGUUUAAGACCCACAUAGAGCAUGCUGAUGGAAACCAUUUCAACUGGACUAAGCAAAAAUUACUGUCCAUUGAUCCAGAAAAUAUGACUUUUGCUUACUCAAUCAUUGAUGGGAAUGUCGGGUUUAACUCGUAUGUAUCGAAGGUGACAGUACUGCCUCGUGCUGAUAGGUGUGCCAUUGAAUGGGUUUACGAGGUUGAGCCUGUAGAAGGGUGGAAGCUCGAGAAUUUGGAUCAGUUUAUCAGUAAUGGCUUGAACGUGAUGGCCAAAAGGAUGGAGGAAGCUCUCAAAACUGGAGCUUAGAAGUCUGAAGAGAAUCAAUUAAACUCUCAAGAGAGUAGCAUAAUUCUAAUUUGCUGUCGAUUUUGUUCGUAUUCUAGUUUAACUUUAUCGGCCCGUUUGGUACAUGGUAUUAGAGGGCGGUAAUGGUAAUAAAAUUAAGUAAUAAAAAAUUUGGUUGUUUGGAUGCCUUCAAUGGUAAUGGAUGGUAAUAAAAUAAGGUAAUGAAAUUACCAAAAAGGGCCAUUUUUAUUACCAUCAAACAACCUGGCAUUAGGCUGUAAUGGUAAUGAAGUAUUACUGUGGUAAUAAAAUAAGGUAAUGUUGUUUCGAGCUGAAGAAAAAAAAUAG